AUGAGUCGUUGCCACUCAUCGUCUGUUCCUAGGCGUGACUACCGAUUCGACUCGACCGGGGUUCGAGUCCCCGUCAAUGCAUUUUUUUGGCCUUUUGAGGGUGACUGGACCCUUGCUCGGCGAAUUUGGGCAUCCUUUUUUGCGAUGCAGCCGCUUGGAUCUUCUUGUACCUCCAUUGUCAUUUCCAUCACCAUCCGUCAAUCUACCUCGAAAGACCGCACGUAUGUCUCCAUAGCAUACAUCGACCAGCUCCUUCACGAGCACUCGUCUGUCAACAUGACGUCCAAGCAAAAAGGCAAGCAGGCUCAGCCGAGCACUGGCACCCACACCGUUGGUCCUUCUUCAUCAACCAGCCCCAAAUCCAACCCAACAUGGACGGCGCCCAAGACCCUCACUCAUCCCGAACACCAUCAUACGCUCAACCACCUCAACCAGGUUGCAUCCUACUAUGCUGUCCUCUCUACAUCCUCGUCUAGCGUCGCUCCGAUCGAUACAGCAUCGCGAUUGCAGGCGGAGAUGGUGAGGUCGGCCAAGACAUUAUCUCGCAAAGCGGUGAUUCGAAUGGACACUGGGUUGAAGAGGGACUUCUGCAUAAAGUGCGACACGGUGUUGGUACAAGGGUUGACGGCGAGUGUGAGAAGUAGGGUUAGCGGCCCACACGAUCAUGUUAUAAAAGCGAGGUGCAAGGUUUGCGGGACGGUGACGAGGCGGCCCGCGCCGGAUCUGGUGCCGAGGCUGUUGACUGACGAUCCGGGUGGAAAGGAGAAGGGAGAUGAUGGUGAUGCAAAUGUCACGGAAGAGAAAAGCGAAUGCAAGAUUCCAUCCGAAAGAGAAGCAGGGGAGGAGGUGCGGAGACAAGAGAAGCGCAAGGUCCCUCAGAGGCAGCGAAGAAGAACGGCUUCCAUCAAGCGGCAUAUCCUGCGCCACACCGACUCUGACGCUAUCGAUCCAUCUGAUCCGCAGAAUGCUUCUCAAGGGUUCUCAAUGGUCCCCUCUGCAACCUCAGUCUCUGCGAUGUCAACCACAGACAAAGACUCGUCUGCCGGAAGACCUUCUAGGCGACAAAUAGCGGAAAAGCGCAAGGCUCGUAUCGCCAACCGAGCUACAUCCGCCUCUGCUGCUGCUCCUGCUGUCAACGAGCCACGUGAACGCAAAAAGCACGCACGAAUGGAGCCCCUCUACGUCCUUAGGGACUCGCCGUUACCGACACUCGCCGCUCUUGAAGACACCCCGCCACGACGUCCGACAGAAGAUCUGCUACGCCACGGCACCGCUCCUUCACGACGACAAAAGCUUCCGCGAGCACCCCGUCCUCAACUUCCGCACUUCAACGACCGUCUACACGGUUCGCACUGGGACGACCCGCUCACACGGCUUUCUUCCCUCCUUGCCGAUUCUGCAUCCAAAUCGCCCAUCGACACAUCUUCCACAGACGAUCACGCGUCACAAGCACUCCACUUCUGGCAAUCAGCCGCUCACUCGAGAGGCGACCAUCUCCUCGUCACUGGUGUCGGCAAGAAUGGGGCUCUUGGUCCCACCGUCCCCUGA